GCGAAAGUGAAAGAAUGAGCUUCAGGAAGCAGAAGAGCUUAUUCACUGCGCUCUGUGUCCCUCUUCUCUCUGCGGGUCUCUCUCUCCCUCUUCUCUCUGCGGGUCUCUCUCUCUGGGUCUCUCCCUCCGGGUCUCUCCCUCAGUCCGACGCGUUGAUGCUGAUCUCGCGCAGUAGGCUGUAAUCAUGUCUCGCGGAGCGAACGCAGGGUUUGAUCGACACAUCACCAUCUUCUCUCCAGAGGGGCGCCUCUACCAAGUCGAAUAUGCCUUCAAGGCCAUCGCCCAGAGUGGCCUGACCUCCGUGGGCAUCAGAGGAACAGACUGCACUGUAAUCGUCACACAGAAGAAGGUCCCGGAUAAGCUUCUGGAUGCUUCUACUAUUACAAACAUGUUCCGCCUGACGCCGCGCAUCGGAUGUGUGAUGACUGGACAUUAUGCGGACAGCCGCUCUCAGGUCCAUCGCGCUCGCAUCGAAGCAGCCGAGUGGAAGUAUAAGUUUGGUUACGAGAUCACGGCGGACAUGCUGUGCCGACGCAUGGCGGACAUCUCUCAGGUUUACACACAGAACGCUGAGAUGAGGCCGCUCGGCUGCUGUAUGAUCCUGGUGGCGAUAGAUCCUCAGCUCGGCCCCCUACUGUACAAGUGUGACCCAGCCGGGUAUUUCUGCGGGUUCCGGGCCACGGCCGUCGGCGCCAAACAGACGGAGGCCAACAGCUACCUGGAGAAAAAGCUGAAAAAGCGGCCAGAGCUCACCUUUGACAGGACGGUGGAGAUGGCGAUCUCCUGCCUGUCGUCCGUUUUAUCGCUGGACUUCAAGUCCAGUGAGCUGGAGGUGGGUGUGGUUAGUAAAGAGAACCCCAAAUUCAGAACUCUAACUGCGGAGGAGAUUGAGGUCCACCUGGUGGCGAUAGCUGAGAGGGAGUAGACAGGUGUUGUAGACGUGCCCCCGUCAUUAUAAACCCCACCCGCACAGGGGCGAAGCCUGAGGACGUUUUAACCUGCUGAUUGAAUUUAGCUCUUUUUACAGUAAUCAUUUCUACAGGAAACACUGUGCGGUGUUGUGGUUUUAUAGAGGCGCCGACUCGGAGUAGAUUCCAUAUCUGUUACCAGCUGAAAAACCUGAUUCAUUACCUUUUAUAUAGAGACCCUGUCUGUGUUUUAGAGUCUCGCUCAAAUAAAACUCCACAAAGAAACCAACGCAAA